AUGAACGCAUCGCGCAUUGACAGGAACUGUCGAAAUCAACCCGUGAACAACAACUUCAAACGUCAAAUAUGUCCCAUCGCGGUGUCUGAAAAACAUAAGGAUCAAAUCUUAGCUAAAGCGACAGUAAGUGUUGUGUACGCAGCCAAUGAAGCCAUCUAUGUAACAGUUAAUGACGAGGUCUUUGCACUGGGCACCAACUGCAGCGGCUGCUUAGGGCUCGGAGACCUUCAAAGCACCAUCGAGCCGCGGAGGAUCGAUGUUCUCUGCGGAAAGAAGAUUGUGUCUCUGAGCUACGGAACCGGGCCCCACGUGGUCAUCGCCACUGCAGAUGGUGAGGUGUUUGCCUGGGGACAUAAUGGUUACAGUCAACUGGGCAAUGGAACCACCAACCACGGCCUGACUCCUGCCCUCGUGUCCACCAACCUGCUCAGCAAGAGGGUCACCGAGGUGGCCUGCGGGUCCCACCACAGCAUCGCCCUGACCACAGAUGGAGAGGUGUUCGCCUGGGGAUACAACAACUCGGGUCAGGUGGGUUCAGGCUCCACAGCCAACCAGCCCACCCCCCGGCGAGUGAGCAGCUGUUUGCAAAACAAGGUUGUGGUGAACGUGGCCUGUGGACAGCUCUGCACCAUGGCUGUGCUGGACAACGGAGAGAUUUAUGGCUGGGGUUACAACUGCAACGGACAGCUGGGUUUGGGGAACAACGGUAACCAGCAGACGCCUUGCCGGAUCGCAGCUCUUCAGGGCGUGGGUGUGGUCCAGGUGGCGUGUGGAUACGCCCACACUCUGGCCCUCACAGACGAAGGCCUGGUCUACGCCUGGGGAGCCAACUCCUACGGCCAGCUGGGAACAGGCAACAAGAGCAACCAAGCCCUGCCCACGCUCAUAAACACAGACAAGGAGCGGAUGGUGGAAGUGGCCGCCUGCCACACCAGCCACACGUCUGCAGCCAGGACGCAGAGUGGUCAGGUGCUGAUGUGGGGGCAGUGCCGCGGUCAGGCCGUGGCGAGCCCCCAUCUCACUCACUUCAGCAGCACUGAUGACGUGUUCGCCUGCUUCGCCACACCGGCCGUCACAUGGCACCUCCUGUCUGUGGGAGUGGCAGGGUGGAGGAGGAGCAGGAGUGGCAGGGUGGAGGAGCAGCAGGAGUGGCAAGGUGGAGGAGCAGCAGGAGUGGCAGGGUGGAGGAGCAGCAGGAGUGGCAGGGUGGAGGAGGAGCAGGAGUGGAAGGGUGAAGGAGGAGCAGGAGUGGCAGGGUGGAGGAGGAGCAGGAGUGGCAGGGUGGAGGAGCAGCAGGAGUGGCAGGGUGGAGGAGGAGCAGGAGUGGCAGGGUGGAGGAGGGGCAGGAGUGGCAGGGUGGAGGAGUGGCAGGAGUUCCAGGGUGGAGGAGGAGCAGGAGUUGCAGGGUGGAGGAGGAGCAGGAGUGGCAGGGUGGAGGAGGAGCAGGAGUGGCAGGGUGGAGGAGGAGCAGGAGUGGCAGGGUGGAGGAGGAGCAGGAGUGGCAGGGUGGAGGAGUGGCAGGAGUUGCAGGGUGGAGGAGGAGCAGGAGUGGCAGGGUGGAGCAGGAGUGGCAGGGUGGAGAAGGAGCAGGAGUGGCAGGGUGGAGGAGUGGCAGGAGUUGCAGGGUGGAGGAGGAGCAGGAGUGGCAGGGUGGAGGAGGAGCAGGAGUGGCAGGGUGGAGGAGCAGCAGGAGUGGCAGGGUGGAGGAGCAGCAGGAGUGGCAGGGUGGAGGAGGAGCAGGAGUGGAAGGGUGAAGGAGGAGCAGGAGUGGCAGGGUGGAGGAGGAGCAGGAGUGGCAGGGUGGAGGAGGAGCAGGAGUGGCCGGGUGGAGGAGCAGCAGCAGGAGUGGCAGGGUGGAGGAGCAGCAGCAGGAGUGGCAGGGUGGAGGAGGAGCAGGAGUGGCAGGGUGGAGGAGGAGCAGGAGUGGCAGGGUGGAGGAGCAGCAGGAGUGGCAGGGUGGAGGAGCAGCAGGAGUGGCAGGGUGGAGGAGCAGCAGGAGUGGCAGGGUGGAGGAGGAGCAGGAGUGGCAGGGUGGAGGAGCAGCAGGAGUGGCAGGGUGGAGGAGCAGCAGGAGUGGCAGGGUGGAGGAGCAGCAGGAGUGGCAGGGUGGAGGAGGAGCAGGAGUGGCAGGGUGGAGGAGCAGCAGGAGUGGCAGGGUGGAGGAGCAGCAGGAGUGGCAGGGUGGAGGAGGAGCAGGAGUGGCAGGGUGGAGGAGGUGGGGGUGAUGUGGUCAGCUGUGGGGGUCCGGGUGAGGUGGGGGUGAUGUGGUCAGCUGUGGGGGUCCGGGUGAGGUGGGGGGGAUGUGGUCAGCUGUGGGGGUCCGGCUGUGGGGGUCCGGGUGAGGUGGGGGGGAUGUGGUCAGCUGUGGGGGUCCGGGUGAGGUGGGGGGGAUGUGGUCAGCUGUGGGGGUCCGGCUGUGGGGGUCCGGGUGAGGUGGGGGGGAUGUGGGUCAGCUGUGGGGGUCCGGGUGAUGUGGGGGUGAUGUGGUCAGCUGUGGGGGUCCGGGUGAGGUGGGGGGGAUGUGGUCAGCUGUGGGGGUCCGGCUGUGGGGGUCCGGGUGAGGUGGGGGGGAUGUGGUCAGCUGUGGGGGUCCGGGUGAGGUGGGGGGGAUGUGGUCAGCUGUGGGGGUCCGGCUGUGGGGGUCCGGGUGAGGUGGGGGGGAUGUGGUCAGCUGUGGGGGUCCGGGUGAGGUGGGGGGGAUGUGGUCAGCUGUGGGGGUCCGGCUGUGGGGGUCCGGGUGAGGUGGGGGUGAUGUGGUCAGCUGUGGGGGUCCGGGUGAGGUGGGGGGGAUGUGAUGGGGAUGACUACUUGACCGUGGCCCAGUCUCUGAAGAAGGAGUUUGACAGUCCAGAGAUCUCAGACCUCAAGUUCCUUGUGGACGGAAAAUGCAUCCACGUCCACAAAGCCUUGUUGAAAAUCAGAUGUGAACACUUCCGCGCCCUUCUGAACGAAAGUGACGAAGAGGCCAUUGAAAUCCACCAGUUCUCCUACCUGGUGUACAGAGCCUUCCUGGAGUACCUCUACACGGACACCAUCAACCUGCCACCAGAGGACGCUAUAGGCCUGUUAGACCUGGCCACGUUCUACAGAGAGACCAGGCUCAAGAGGCUGUGCCAGGAAACCAUCAAGAGGGGCAUUUCAGAAGAGAGCGCCAUCACCCUCCUGUCGGCUGCCGUCAAGUACGAAGCCCGGGACCUGGAGGAGUUCUGCUUCAAAUUCUGUGUAAACCACCUCACUGCGGUCACCCAGACGCAGGCCUUCGCCGACAUGGACCACGACCUGCUCAAGAACUUCAUCAGCAAGGCCAGCCGCUACGGAGCCUUUAAGAACUGA